UUUGUAUAAUUAUUCAUUUAUUAGAUAACAUUAUUAUAAUGUUAACACGAUGUAUCUGUGAUAACCUGCUUUGCGUUAAAUUCAUCUUAUUUGUGAUUGUACAAUAAUUAUCGUCAUUGUGCAAAAUUAUUAUCGAGAGGAACACGCGGAAAUCGGAGAGGAAGAGAGAGGAAUUGGCUGAUUUUUCUAAGCAAGAAAAAUGUUACAAAAGGCACAAACGUGAUCUCGCCCGGCGAGACAGAGACUUUCGUCGCGACUCUCGACUGAAGUUGCCAGCACUGCGUGUUCGCCUGGGAGGGAUACAUCCGGUCUAAUGGCGUCAAGAGCCAAGCAUUGUUGUCACAUUUUGUCCUACAGUGUUUCAAUAUUUUGCAUUGUUUACGUCGCUUAGAUUGCGCGAGAAGAAGACAAGAAGCGCAGCCGGUCACGCGGAUUACGAUAAACGGAAGUGGGAGUGAGCGAAUUUGUACACGUGUAACGUGUAUCAAGAUGAAGAUACAAAGAGCUGAUCUAUGUAGAUAAUUGGAUGCUAUCUAUAAGAACAGAUAAGCUUUGAGAGAAAGUGAUUAAUUGCUACUGAUAUUGGGAAUAUUCCAACAUGGAAGUCACAACAGAAGAAGCACAAGCGGUGCUUUUGGAGGGAAUGGAAGGUGCUCAGUAUAUCACCAUUCAGAGAGCUGAUGGAGAAUCCUUGAGCAAGGGAGUACCACUGUUGGCACUGAAUGGUGAAUUAAUCUCAGAAGGGAUGGUUGUAGACAUGAUCAAUGCUGGAGUCGGUACAGACUAUGGCACCGCUACCCAGUAUUAUGAGGAUGAUUUGUUGUCACAUGAAUUGACAGAGAAUGUGAAUUGUGUGAUGCAGGAGGACCGUAGACUGGCUGCGGCUUUGGUUGCGGUGCAGUUACACCAGCAACAAAAGCAACAGCAACUACACAUUCAGUCUCAGCACGAGGACCCGACUUUACCAGACGUUUCUCACCUAGAGACCUUAGCACCGGUGAAUUCGUACGCCAUUCAAGCUGUACCAGAACCAAACGCCCCCACCGUGUACCCGACGUUGCAGCCGUUCAAGAGAAUCACGCAGAACGUAAAGCAGGAGUUCAUCAACGUCAAAAGCGAGUACGACGUUGAGGUUUCUGCGGAGAGCAGUGAGGACGCCACGUCGGCAUCUGGACCUAAGAGAACCUUGCCGCACAAGAAGAGGAUACCUCGUAAGUUGAAGCAGCAGACAAAGAAGAAUGCUGCGCGGAAGGACAGUGGCAAGUCGAAUCAGGAAAACGUAGCAACCGACUCCGCCAAUGAGACCCAGGCUAAUAUCUUCAAGUGUGAAUUGUGCAGUUCGAAGUUCAGCAGUCAGUUGAAGUUCUUCGAGCACUUGAAGGUGCAUUACGAGCCGGUCAAACAAGAGACGCGAAUAGCUCAAGCGACGAAUACUAAUAUCACGAUAUCAGUACCAGAAACAGUGCAUAGUUUAGAUAAUACUGUAAUCGAAGAAUUCAGCGAACCUGAGGACCUAAUGGAGGGUAUUCGAGGUGUAGUGGAGGAAACCGGUGCGCACAUCGACGACGACACAGAGUCUCCACUGCCCACCGCGAACAAUGAGCCAACCAUGUGGACCAUUACCGACAUCACCGAACAGGCACAGAGGGACCAUAUGAGAGCGUCCGUCGUUAGUGAAAAAAGCUUAGACGAGAAAGCAAAGACUGACAUUCCGCAGACGGCUAAAAAAAAGAAGUCACCAAAAACGCGAAAGUCAACUGACGAAUUAACGUGCCCUCAAUGCAAUCGUUCAUUCCACCAUAAGAAUAGCUUAGUCUAUCACAUGCGAUCUCACAGCGGAGAACGGCCGCACCAGUGCGAGAUCUGCAGCAAGCGUUUCUUUGCUGCCAGCGCGUUGAAGGUGCACAAAAGACUUCAUAGUGGCGACAAGCCGUACAAAUGCGAGGUAUGCGGGCGGCAUUUCCGGCAAUGGGGCGACCUCAAGUAUCACGCGACGAGCAUUCACUCGGAGCACAAGCAGUACCAGUGCGAGUACUGCGCCAAAGAGUUCGCUCGGAAAUACUCGCUGAUCGUUCAUAGACGUAUCCACACCGGCGAGAAGAACUACCGCUGCGAGUACUGCAACAAAACGUUCAGGGCGAGCAGUUACUUGCAGAAUCACCGGCGCAUACACACCGGCGAGAAGCCACACCCAUGCGCCGUGUGCGGCAAGCCGUUCAGAGUGCGUAGCGAUAUGAAGCGGCACAUGCACACGCACUCCAGGACGAAGGGCGACAAGCCGUUAAACAGAAUCCUCACGGGCAAGACGGUGGAAGAGGAGGGCGAUAAAGCGGUGCAAGCGCAGUCGAUUCAGGAUCUCGUGAGAGAUCUGAAGUUAGAGGUCGAAGCGACUGGAGUGGUGAAAAUCGUGCCACCGGACGACAAUCCUGAGAGCAUUUUGCCUCACACAGGCGGACAAAACUUAGAGUAUACCGUGACGCCUACAACAGACGCAGCUACCGACAGAGAUCCCCUGGAAGCUGCUGUACGAACCAAUGAAAAUAUACAAUACUAUUUGAUAUAAUCUUGAAACGACAUACACGAAGAGAAAGUGUGCUCUGCUGUACAAUAGGAUCGAUCGUACAACGGCGUGUAACUCAAGAGGUUCAUAAUGCAUAGAUCGUGUUUCGCAAAAUCAUGGAUGUCAGACUGUUAAAUUCUGCAAGUAUAUUUAUAUUUAAAUUAUUAGAAUUUAAAGAUUUAAUGUAAAGGGAUUAAAAGAACUGAGUUGAAGUCGCUUUGUUGUGUAGUUGGAUGCAUUAAUGCUCUGGUUCUACUGUAUUCGCAAAAAGAUUCAACGGUUCUGUUGGACAACCGGCUAUUCCUUUUGUAUUUUCUUCAAGAAAGACGUUGAUUGCAUGAAUCUAUGCUUAAUUCAGUGUGUGAACAGUGUUUGUUAAAUACCAUAGAAUAAUUUGACGAUUGGAAUACAAACCCUUUGAAAAGCGUUAAUGCACCCAAUUGUACAAGUCAUAUAAAGUUUAAAAUAUUGUAUUGUUUACUUUUGGCCAAUUUAAUAUAAAUGACUGAUAAGUAAACCGUAUGAACGCACUGCCUACAAGUAAUGUGUAGCGUAUUUUUUCAAUUUUACGGAAAGGAAAAGCAAAAA